AUGGAUCGUCUAAAGAAGCAGCGCACACCCAUUCGAGCCAUGAUGACUAGGACGGUCAACGAGCUGGAUGAGGAAAUGACGAAAGAAGAUCGAGAUAAGGACGUCCUGAUUGUGAAGUUGAAGAAGUUGAUUGAGCUUACCGACACCGCGGUGGAUUUGGAUAAGCAAGUAUUGGAUGCAAUUCUGGACAAUGAAGAACUUACUGAAGAAGAUUAUUUAGAAGAAUCAAGAUCAAUUGAAGGAUACAAUGAUAAGUGUAGAUUUGUGCGCCACAAAGUUGAAAAAUUCCUUGGUCCAGAACGAUCAUCAAGCCCGACAAAUAGUUCUUACAGCACUGCUAGUGGAGGACUUCUUAAGAAGAAUUAUAAGCUACCAAAGAUCGAGUUAAUGAAGUUUGACGGGGAGAUCAAAAACUGGCUGGAGUGGUGGGCGCAGUUUAAGAAGAUAGAUGAAGAUGAAGAUUUACAUGUGACGGACAAGUUCCAUUAUUUAGUGCAGAGUAUGGUCAGCGGGUCAAAGGCCGCUGAUCUUAUCAGAAGCUAUCCGAAGACGGAUGCAAAUUAUCCGAAAGCUAUUGGAGCAUUGAAGGAAAGGUACGGGAAAGAAGACAUCCUUGUUGACCUAUAUACAAGAGAGCUAGCACAGUUUUUGUUCGAGAAAGAGAAAUUAUCAUUGGAGAAGUUUUAUGAUCGUCUUCAAACGCAGCUGCAGGCGUUGGAGUCGUUGGGAGUGAAGUCUGAACGAGAUACAUUGUUUCUUCGCCCCAUUAUUGAGACCAGUCUACCUAAGGAAAUUUUUAAUGCCUGGUAUCGAUCUCCUUUGUACCAGGAAGAUGGUGCGAAAGUUAAUCCACCAAAGUCAAGACUCGACUAUUUAAUGCAGUUCCUCAGACAAGAAGUGGAACGAGAAGCAAAACUGAAGAUGUUUAUUGGAGGUGAUUCUUCUGGCAAGUCCAAGAAAGAAAAAUAUGAGAAUCAAGGAAAGAAGAAAGAUUCAAUCCCAACCGCAGCAGGAUUGUUCGUGGCGCAGAGCAGCAAUUGCGUGUUUUGCUCCAAAUCCAACCAUGCAAGUACCGAGUGUUAUCGAGCGGAUAGGAUGAGUUGGUCAGAGAAGAGUGACCUGAUAAGAAGCCAGAAUUUGUGUUAUCGGUGUUUGAAAUAUGGACAUCGUAAAUCUGAUUGCAAAGUUAAAUUAAAAUGUUCAUCUUGCGGCGAGCCACAUGCAAGAUCAAUGUGUGCAAGACUUCCUUCUAAUCAGAGGAACAAUACCGGAAGAGAAGAGGUACAUAAUGAGGUCCCAGCGACAGCAGCAAAUGCCAACCAUUCUUGCAGCAAGAUGUACUGA